GCCAGGCCCGCUUAAGUCACGUGAUAGCACCCGGGGGGAGGGGCCGGUCACAUGACGCGAGGCCCCGGGAGCGGCCUGGACUGCAUCUAGAGCCGGACCCGAGAUGGAGGCGACCCUGGAGCAGCACCUGGAGGACACGAUGAAGAACCCGUCCAUCGUCGGCGUGCUGUGCACGGACUCGCAGGGACUGAACCUGGGCUGCCGUGGAACCCUGUCAGAUGAACAUGCAGGGGUGAUCUCUGUCUUAGCCCAACAAGCAGCUAAACUAACCUCUGACCCAACAGACAUUCCUGUAGUCUGUCUAGAGUCAGACAAUGGGAAUGUAAUGAUCCAGAAACAUGAUGGCAUCACCGUGGCAGUGCACAAAAUGGCAUCUUGACCUCUGACUCCAAAACAGUUGUAGAACUCAAACCAAUCUUUCCAUCUCUUUUAUCUUGCUCCACUUUUAAGUGCCAGUAUUUAGGUCAACCAUUAAAUGUAACACUUGUUUCUCUUCUGCUUAUUAUUUUAAAGUUAUCUUUGGUAAGCACUUAAUGAGAAAGGGUGGUAAUGUUUAAGGCAUCUGUCAAAAUCAAAUUGUUCUGUAUCACUCAACUUUGGUAUGGUCAAUAAAUAUAGCUGGAGAAAAUUACCUAGCUUUUCCUAGAUUGUGUAAGGUGUUUCUAUCAUACAGCCUAAAUAACAGGGUCAAAAUUUCCUGUUUUUUAAAAGCCUAUGAUUCCACCUGUGUACCUUUCCAAACUUUCCUAAAGCUCCUGCUUUCUCAUCAUAAAAAUGAUUUCCAUUGGUGGAGAUAGUGAAAUAAAUUAAAGUUAAUUAGCACCCUAACAGAGGACAUUUAAGGAAAAAUGGGAGACGUGUGAGAGUGCUACAUUUGUCUGUUAAAAUAUUAACUUUCUGAAAAUAGGAAAUAUGUCCUCGUAAGUUCUUAACACAUAAUCAUGUAUAAACAGGCAAGCAGAUUUUUGAUCGCAAGCAAGUGAAAUUUAAUUGUUAUUACUCUACAUUGAAAGCAUCCAGUGUUAAGAAGAAAUUGUAAUUCUACAGUAAAAAAAUAUUUCUCUAAUAAAUAUACUUUAAUGCAAUAAA